UGAAUCAGCUUUUGUUGUUCUGAGCAGUUCUAUUAUUAAUUAGGCAUUAGCAUAACAAGAUAACAUUGACAAACUGAAACUGAUAUAGACAAAUCUCUGGUUCUUCCGAGCUAUUUAAUAUGCUAUUGGAUUUGAUUUAAUAGGACAAUCUUUAUCUCUUAGUAUAUACGUAAUUGAAAAUGUCUGAGAUAAGCAACGUUCGCCACAGUCGCCGUUGUUAUUCGAACACAGCAACAAGCAGAUAUUACUUAUAUCACAUUCUUAAUUAAGAGCAUUUUGUGCGUAACUUUGGAAGACUUUUUAAGAAAAAUCUUAAAAAUCAUAUUUUUGCAGUGGAUUUUUGUAAAGAAUUAUUUAAAGUUUAACAAUUUAAACUGUUAUUGCAUAUGGGAAAAAUGAAAGUGUGUAUCAUCGGAGCGGGAAUUGCAGGUCUUUGUUCAGCUAGACAUGCAUUAUGUAACGGAUUGGAACCAACAGUUUACGAGCAAUCUGACGACAUUGGAGGAACAUGGCAAUAUACUGAUGAAAUAGGAAUAAAUAAAUAUGGCAUUGAAGUUCAUUCUAGCAUGUACAAAAAUUUGAGAACAAAUCUUCCCAAAGAAGUCAUGGGUUUUCCUGAUUUUCCUAUUCCGGAAGAGGAAGCUUCUUAUAUAUCAUCGGAAAAUAUGAUGGCAUUUUUAAGUAAAUAUACUGAGAAAUUUGAAAUUCGAAAGCAUAUUCAAUUUUUACAUCACGUCAUUCGUAUUCGCCCAAGGAACAAUAAAUGGGAGGUAAUCGUAAAAGAUCUUUGUAAUGACAUAAUAAAAACUGAAAUGUUUGAAUACGUUAUGGUGUGCAAUGGACAUUAUCAUACUCCCUCUUAUCCGAAUUUAAAAGGAAUCGAGGAUUUCAAGGGGAAAGCAAUACACAGUCAUGAUUAUAGAAGCCCCGAUAGUUUCAAAGAUGAAAAUGUACUUGUGAUCGGAGCUGGUCCAAGUGGUAUGGAUCUAGCACAUUCGGUAUCACUGGUGGCAAAAACAGUUAUUCUUAGCCAUCACUUAAGUGAAACACCUAAAACCAAAUUCAAUUCCAAUCUUAUUCAAAAGCCAGACGUUUUGAAAGUCACCGAAAAUGAAGCAGUGUUCACUGAUAAUACUUCAAUACCCAUUUCAGUUAUAUUAUAUUGUACCGGCUAUAAAUACUCUUUUCCGUUCUUAAGUUCUGAUUGUGGGAUUUAUAUUGAAGAAAAUUGUAUAAAACCUCUUUACAAGCAUGUUUUGAAUAUUCAUUAUCCAAGUAUGGCUUUCAUUGGGAUACCGUUUUAUGUUUGUGCUUCACAAAUGAUGGAUCUUCAGGCUAGAUUUGCAAUGGCAUUCUUUUGCAACAAAAAACCAAUACCGUCUCAAAAAGAAAUGCUGGCUGAUACUGAAGAAGAAAUGCAAAAGAGAUGGAAAAUGGGCUACAAAAAACACCAAGCCCAUAUGAUGGGACCUAUUCAAUAUGAAUACUAUACGGAUUUAGCAAACACCGCUGGCGUAAAAAAUAUUGAUAUUGUUAUGGCGAAGCUUCAUGAUGUCAGCAGUGGUCGAUUUUUAGAUGAUUUAGUCAACUUCAGAAAUGACAUUUUUAGACUUGUCGAUGAAACUACUUUUAUAAAAAUUAAUUAAAUCAUACGAUAGUCAAACCUUAAACUUGGUAUUAAGUCUUAAAAGCUUGUAGUUUUGUUCAGUUUUUUAUCUUUCUUUCUAGAUAUUGAAUCAUUUAAUUUGUCUAUCGUCUUAAACUUAAGAAAAAUAAAAAUGUCCAAACAAAUUUUA